AUGAAAGACGCUGCUGAUGGUGGUGGCUGGUCCAUGAAAAUAUUGAAAAGUGCCCACUCCGUUCUGCUACGACCAAAGGCUUGGAAUUGGCCGAUCGUUUGCUUAGGCUGGCUCGCUUGCAUGAUUUGGUUUCUAGCUGGAUCGACGGGAGGGACAAGGGCAUGGUUGGUACACUACUCGAGUGUCAGUUGCAAUGCUGUGUUCCGGGUGAGAUGGAAGUACUUUGCCAGUCUAUAUGGUGACGAUUUGCGGAUGAAUGCAUGUAGUCAUUAUAGUCGCUCUUCGAAAGAUAGAGAUUUGGCAAGAUAG